UGCAUCUCUCCCCUAUAAAACCACCCGCCUCCGCCACCACCGUCCCGGCAGAAAGACAGCACAGCCAAGCACGCCAUCACCGAAACGCACCGAGCUCUCUCUUCCUCUGAUCCUCUCUCUCUCUCCCUCUCUGAGACACACGUACUACAGAACCGUACUAGGCAGAUGGCGAGCGGCGGCGGGAAGGCGAAGGCGUCGUCGUGGGCGGCGGCGAUGAGCGUGGGCACGGUGGAGGCGCUCAAGGACCAGGCCGGGCUUUGCCGGUGGAACUACGCGUUCCGGACGGUCCAGCAGCGCGCCAGGCAGCAGGCCGCCGGGAGCGGCGCCACCAAGAGCGGCGGCGGCCCGCGCGGGCUGCAGCCUGCCGCGGCGGCGACGGCGGCGGCGAGGAGGAAAGCCAAGCAGCAGGAGGAGGAGCUGAGGACGGUCAUGUACCUCAGCAACUGGGGUCCAAACAAUUAACCCAGCUUGAUCAGAUUAGGAUCGUCUUAGAUGGCUAGAUUGGUUUUGAUGCUUGCAAAUUGCAACUGCUUGUAUAUGCAGACGAGUUUUGCACCAAGAUGUAUAUAUAUCAUAUAUAUAUGUAUCAUACGGCAACUAAUCAAGAGCUUUGGUUUUGCACAA